GGCGGACGAGUGAUCUGGUCCGACCAGAGAUGGGAUAAGUACUGUUGGCUCUCCUUACCUCCCUUCGCCGUCUGUCUUGUCUCGUACCGACAUCCCCACAAGCGUGCCACCCCUUAGCUGCGCAUCUGAACCUUGACUUACUGUGACACGAGCUCGCUCAGCGGGAUUGCGCAUAUAAGAAUCGCAGGCCAGUCACCUUGUUUAGCCGACUUACCUGCAACUUUCGGUGCAUACAUUCACGACUAGUUAAAAUGGCAAGCGAAGCUCUCGACCGGCGGGCUGCGGCCGAGCUCAAUGUCGAGAUCAUCCCAGGUACCGAGGUGAUGACAGAUGUUGGUGAUGUGCACUUUGCGCAUGCCGGCGGCUCAGAGAAGGGCUCAGUCCUGGUCCCUCAUCCGACGAACAACCCCAACGACCCGCUCAACUGGUCUCUUCUCUGGAAGCUUACAACCGCUAUCUCCCAGCUGCUCUAUGUGUGGGUCCUCGUUUGCUCGGCGCUAUCCCUCGCUCCCAUGUUCCCAUUCCUGGGCAUGGAGUUCCACCUCAACCAGCAGCAAUUGUCACUUCUGACUGGUUUGAAUGUGAUCACACUUGGCUUCGCGAACAUCUUCAUUGUCCCGUUGAGCAAUAUCUUCGGCCGCCGUCCGACCUCCAUUUUCUUCGGUAUUCUGGUCGUACUCACGAACAUCUGGCAAGCUCUGGCAACUAGCCACCACAGCUUGCUCGCUGCUCGUGCUCUCAACGGCAUCGCUGCCGCCACUAGCGAGACGAUCAUGGUUCAGGUCAUCGCGGACAUGUUUUUCCUGCACGAACGUGGCCUCUGGGUGGGCAUCUACUUCACCAUGUACUUCUCGGGAGCUUUUCUUGGCCCAAUAAUGGCUGGUAACAUCGCGGCACUUCAUGGCUGGCGCAGCUUUUUCUGGCUGUCUGUCGCACUUGCUGGGUUCGUUACGAUCCUCCUCGUAGUGGCCUUCCCCGAAACCCGCUGGCGCCGCCAGUCUGCCAACCACUCCGGUGUUACCACGACCGCCACGAAGGACAACGGCGAGAUCGAGGAGAAGCAUGUUGACUCCGAAGCCAAUAGCGAAGCUGCCCAAGGUGGUCAGCUUGUAGGAAAGGGCAAGCCCAGCAAGCUGCAGUGGUCGCCAAUCCAGAAACCGGAUAGCAACUGGGCAUCAUUCAUCGUUCGCGACAUUACGACGCCUUUCGUCGUCUUUGUCAACCCUAUUGUCUUCUGGGCUGCUUUGAUGCUUGCCGGUCCGGCAGAUCUGCUCUUGAUCUUUAAUCUUACUGAGUCUGGUCUUUUCGGCUCUCCUGCCUACGGCUUCAACCCUGGACAAGUCGGUUAUACAAACUUCGCCUUCUUCGUUGGUGGCAUAUUCGGUGUGCUCACUGCUGGUCCUCUCUCCGAUUGGUGGGCUCGCCGCGCUACGAUCAAGAACAAUGGCGUGCGUGAGGCGGAAAUGCGUCUUCCCGCCCUAAUCCCGUACGUCUGCUUCUUCAUCAUUAGCCACGUUGUCGGCGCAGUCGGCUACACCAAGCUCUGGUCGUGGUCCGCCAUUGUGGUCGCCGGCUUCGGUUUCUCUGGCUUGGCCGUCACCUCAAUUCCGACCAUUGCCAUUGCUUACGCCGUGGACUGCUACAAGCCCAUCUCUGGCGAGAUCAUGGUUGUUGCCACCGUGCUAAAGAAUGUCCUCGGUUUCUGCCUGUCCUACUGGGUCUUCAAUGUCAUGGCCAUGGAUGGCUGGGUCGCCGUGUACAUGACGCAGUUUGCUGUGUCGAUGUUGCCGGUGGUCUUGACCAUCCCGCUUUACUUCUUCGGCAAGAACCUGAGACGGUGGACGAGAAAUUCCAGCCUUCACCGCAUGGAGGCAUUCUGAGCAAGAUGCUAAACUUCGUCGCGUAUUAUGAAUUGAUCGCUGCGCGCUUCAUACAGUUCUCUUCAGCUUGACAUAGCACAUGAACAAACGCUGUAUUUUC